UCUACUGUGGGACCCUCCACCUCCUCACCUCCUUCUACUGUGGGACCCUAUACCUCCUCACCUCCUUCUACUGUGGGACCCACUACCUCCCAAACUCAGACUGUGCCUCUCUAUGCCUCCUUACCUAAAACUGUGCCAAUCUCCACCCAUCCACGUUGUGCAACACCCCCACUAGUGGUUCUGCCUUGCACCUCCCAGACUGAGUCCACCUGUACAUCUCCCCCCAGAAAAUCAGUGCUUCCUCCGACUGUGCUUCCAUCUAAAGCUCAAACCACUCCACAUCACGCUAUACAAACUGAACCUGUCCCAUCCUGUACCUCCCUGAUUCAAAUCAAACCAACAUGCACCACCACAACUACAACCACAGCCUCAAUUCCAAAUUGGCCCACCCAACCACCAACUCCAACGAUAGUCCCCGACACAGCCCCAAUUUGCCCCAACCCAAAACCAACUCCUGUUCUAGCCACCUACACUGCCCCAUUUUGCCCCACCACCCCAACCCCAACUCCAAUGAUAUCCCCCUGCUCAGCCCCAACUUGCACCACCACCCCGACUCCAACUCCAACAAUAGCCCCAUACUCAGCCCCAACUUGCCCAACCACCCUGACUCCAACUCCAACGAUAGCCCCAUAUUCAGCCCCAUCUUGUCCCACUACCCCAACUCCAUCUAUAGCCUCCUACUCAGCCCCAACUUGCCCCACCACACCAACUCCAACUAUAGCCCCCUGCACCAUCCUAACACAAACUGUCCCACCCUGCUCCUCCUUAAAUCAAACAGUAAUCUACUGCACCUCUCCACCUCCAACUGUGACAUCGUGCCACCCACCAACCCAAACUGCCCCUCCCUACAUCUCUUUAAUUCAGACCAUACCACCUGGGAACCCCCCAUGUCAGACCAUACCACCCUGCUCCUCCCAACCUCCAGUAGUUCCUUCCUACUCCGCCCACAUUCAAAUCCAAACCAUAAAAUACUGCUCCUCUCCCUCUCGCAUCGUAAAAAGCGGCAAUUCCCCGCCUCCAAUGGUAAAAUCCUACCAUACACUUCCAACGGGUCCAUCUUGUGCCACUCCCACAAAAACUGUGCCCCUCUAUGCUUCCACAUUUCGGCCUGCACCCCCCUACACCCCCCCACCUCAGGCCCAACACUGCAGCACUCAGUACAGGAGGGUGAUAGAGUGGGAGUGUAGAGGGGAGAGGAGGAUACUUCCACCACCACCCCCGCCUCCUCCCCCGUACACCCCACGUAAGGAGGGGGUGAACUGCACCUCAGGCUCGGCCCACCGGGCACCCCUGCUCAGGCGGGCAAGUGAGAAGGAGAAGUCAGGGAAAUCAAGGUCACCUGUGCAUUGUCCCCGAGCCAGUUCUCUGAAACACAGAGCUCAAACACCCCUGGAGGUCCCUCUGAAGGGGAACCAGGGGGACCAGGGCUCUUCGCCAACCAAGGCCAUCCCCAGACCCACCUGCCUGGGCCAGGCUCAGGCUCAGCUGGGGGCUCAGCUUGGGGCCCUCCAUAAGAUGCUCUGCUCUGGGCCCAACACCCCCAACAGCCAGCAUGCUCUCCCCCCCGGCCAGUGCCCCUCCGGGGCCCGGGGCUGCUCUGGCUCUGGAGGGGGCUCCACGGCCAGGCCCCUGACCUCCACCCAGGCAGACACACUGAGGCAGGUGCAGGAGAUCCUGGGGGGGCUGGUGUCAGGGGCCAGGAGUAAACUGGAUCCCACCUGGGUGGCAGAAAAACUGAUGGGCCCCAACGGGCCCCUGCACGACAUCCGCAGCCUGCAGACCCAGCUGCACAGCCUGGAAGGUGUCUUGGAGACCAGCCAGAAUACCAUCAAGGUCCUGCUGGAUGUUAUUCAGGACCUGGAGAAGAAGGAGGCAGAGAGAGAAGGGAGACACUCCUACCGGACGGGCCAGGACAUAGAGAACUGUGGCACGUGUAGAGACUGUGCGUGCAUCAUAUACAGUGUGGAGCAUGACUUCCGACUGCAGGAGGGGGCAGUUACCCGCACAUGGAGGGUAGAGGACCGUCCAGAGGGCUCCCCCCUGGCCGCUGUGACCCCUCAGCCCACCACGCCACACCGCCAGGAAUCACCCCUGCUGGUGACACCGGCACGCCCACCUCACAGCGGCAAGAAGAGCAGGAAGAAGUGCUUCUGGUUCUUGUGAACUUUAAACUUUGGAGGGGGGGUGGGAUAGGGAAGGACGCAAUGAAUAAGGCCUCUCCUUCUUAAGAUUGUGAAGGACGGAGAUGGAUACAGUACUUUACAUGCUUCCUCUAUAGGCUGCGAGGGACUGAAUGGUAGUGUGUGGAGUGUGGGGCCCUGAUGUGGAAGGAGAGAGAAAAAUAAAAUGGAAGCUCAAAACAAGUGUGAGAAGAAGCAGUAAACAAUAGAGUUUAAAAGAGAUAUUAAAUAGGUAUAAAGGAGAAAUAAAAGGUAUAAAAGAUAAAUAAAAGGUAUAAAGGAGAAAUAAAAGAGAAAUAAAAUAUAAAUAAAAGAGGUAAAAAAGAAGCAUAAAUGUAGUUAAAGGACAUGGAUGAACUGUAGUGUGUAGAUGAAUGGAAUCUGUGCUGAUCCUGGUGUUGGAACUGAAUAGAGUGAAGAGUGGAACGAACAUGCUUGUGUUGUAGUUGCACCGAAAGGCCUCUUCAGCACCUGAGAUCAGUUUUUAGUGCAGGGAGGAAGGUACUGUAAAAUGUGCUCCAAUGUGCUAAGCUUUGAACAGGCCUACCUGGUAGGGGCAAUUAUAGAAGUGAAAGUGUAGAAGAUGAAAAGAAAUGAUAAGGAUAAAAUGAAGGAUCAGGAAGUGAGGAGGUAUAAAAGGCUAGGGGAUGGUGGGAGUAAAAAAGAGCGGAAAAGAACGAGUGUACAGAGAGAAGAGUGGAAGGAUCCAUCCUCAUCACUAAUGGACAAAUGAGGGUUAGAACACCAGCUUUUAUAUCCUGAGAUGUUUCAAUAAAUCAAUUAUUAUGAUGACCCUUAUUUAAUACUUUUAAUAGAAUUGAUCAUACAAAAACUACAAACAUACGUACACCAACACAGGCUGAGAAAUGCACCAGGAGAAAAAGUGAGAAAAAAAACAACAUAUUAAAGUGUACAUAAAACAGAGAGUUCUGCUGCUUGAAUUGCUAUAUUUCAGAUACGGAUUACUGCUCUAUAA